UGUGUCCCCCUGGAGUUGGCUGGACGUGGGAGCGGAGCAGAGAGACCUGGGAGCGGAGGGCACGCGUGGCAAUCAUGCCACCCCCUACGAAGGUCCCCCGAAGGGAGGCCCUGGUGCUACAGUGUGAAUGGGGAUCCUGUACCUUUGUGGCCUCCACCAUGGAGGAGUUCUGUGAACACGUCACACAGCAUCUCCAGCAGCAUCUCCAGGGUCCUGAGGAAGAAGACGAAGAUGAGGUGGACCCGCUUGCUGAAGAGUACUCCUGCUUGUGGCAGGAGUGUGGCUUCUGCUCCCUGGACAGCUCAGCCGACCUGGUCCGUCAUGUCUAUUUCCACUGUUACCACACCAAGCUGAAACAGUGGGGACUUCAGGCUCUGCAAGGCCAGGCCGGACUCAGCCACUGCCUAUUGGACUUCCAAAGCCGAAACAUGAUCCCUGACAUUCCCGACCACUUCUUGUGCCAGUGGGAGCACUGUGAGAGCUCCUUUGACAAUCCAGAGUGGUUUUACCGGCACGUGGAGGCUCAUAGCCUGUGUUGUGAAUACAAGGCAGCCAGCAAGGAGAACCAUGUGGUGCCAUGUGGCUGGAAAGACUGCAGCUGUACCUUCAAAGGCCGUUGUAAACUGAGAGAGCAUCUUCGGAGCCACACCCAGGAGAAGGUGGUGGCCUGCCCCACCUGUGGGGGCAUGUUUGCCAAUAACACCAAGUUCUUUGACCACAUCCGGCGCCAGACGUCACUGGACCAACAACGAUUCCAGUGCUCCCAUUGCUCCAAGAGGUUUGCCACAGAGCGACUGUUGCGUGAUCACAUGCGCAACCAUGUCAAUCACUAUAAGUGUCCUUUGUGUGACAUGACCUGCCCGCUACCCUCCUCCCUCCGAAACCACAUUCGCUUCCGCCACAGUGAGGACCGGCCCUUUAAAUGUGACUACUGUGACUACAGCUGCAAGAACCUGAUUGACCUCCGGAAACACCUGGACACUCACAGCAAGGAGCCUGCCUACCACUGCGAGUUUGAAAGCUGCAACUUCAGUGCCCGCUCCCACUGCUCCAUCAAGUCCCAUUACCGAAAAGUGCAUGAGGGUGACUCAGAGCCAAGAUACAAGUGUCACGUCUGUGACAAGUGCUUCACUCGGGGAAACAACCUCACCGUCCACCUGCGAAAGAAGCAUCAGUUCAAAUGGCCCUCGGGCCAUCCCCGUUUCCGGUACAAGGAGCAUGAGGAUGGUUACAUGCGCCUGCAGCUGGUUCGCUACGAGAGUGUGGAGCUGACUGAGCAGCUGCUAAGGGAACGAGCAGAGCAGGCGGGGUCAGGCCCAGGGACAGCCCUGACUGAGGGCAGCCUGCAAGGCAUUGUCCUAGAACCUGGGCCUGAGGAGGAGGAAGAGGAGGAAGAAGAGGAAGCAGAGGUGGAGGAGAGUGAGGGGCCAGCCCCUUCAGCUUCCGUUACCCAGGACUCUCCCAGCCCUGUCAUUCACGUGCUGAACAGGACCAAUUCCCAAGGCGAACAUGAGACAGUCUAUUAUGUCCUGGCCCCAGUCCCGGGCGUUCAGCCCCCAAUGCCAGAAGAGGGAGUCCCUGAGCCUGAUCCCCCUGAUGGCAUCAUGGAGAAACUGCACAGGACAGCUGAGGAGCUGGGAAUCUUAAUUGAGUGAGGGGCUCAAGGUCCCGCCCUCUUCAGGGUCUGGCUGAGCCAUUGUUCUCCCACCAUGGAUUUGAGAUUGGCUCUUCUUUUUAAAAUUUUUGUUCUCCUCUCAUAUUCUCUGCUAUGGCCUGCUCUAGAAAUAUGUAGAGGGACCUUCUGAACUGCCUGUGGUAACAAAUGUGAGGGGCAGCACUUGUGUGUGUGUGUGUGUGUGUGUGUGUGUGUGUGUGUGUGUGUGUGUGUGUGUGUGUGUACGCGCGUGUGGUAGGGGGAGAAGUCUCUUACCCCAAGAGCCAAACCUGAGAAGAAAGGGUCCCCUGGGAGUUGGAGGAGGAGGCUAUUCAGAGGACACUUGGGGACAUCACUGUUUUGGUCACCCUAUAAUGAGCAACAUCUCUCAACUAUGCCUGCAGAACAGUUGGUGAUUCAGAGCAGUCUCAAUAGGAAGCCAGCCCAUGGAGUGGGCAGCAGUUCUGGAAGUGUCCCCAGGAUUUGGGUCCUUGUUGGCUGGGGUGUUUGGGUGUGGAGGGGCAUUAGACUAAAUUCCAAACCUCAAGGAUGCCAAAUUAUUCUAAUUUUCUGGGACUCUCUGGACUGUGGGUAUCUCCAGGCCAUUUCUUAUUUCCGUCCUCCAAAGGCCUCUACCAUUUCAACUAGCCUCAUCUCUAAGUCAAGAGACUUUGCCCUGGUCUCUGGGUCCUUCCCCCAUCCCCAUAUGUGGGUACCCUCAGGGACAAGGAUGGGGGAGACAGCGAUGAGGGGUGCUGAGUAUCAAUAUGAUGGUAUGACGACUUUUUUUAUUGGCAAUAAAAACAUUAUGCCUG